GAUGGGAAGUUUGGAAUGUUCGACUAUAUAUAAACGGACAAGAAAGGGGUGUUGUCCCUGACCAAUAGUACCCUUCCAUUUCUUGAGAUACAGAAUUAACGCGUAGUUUCACCAUUGACAUCACAAAUGAUAUCCUUAAGAACGGUUCUCUUUCAUACCUCCAUUAAUUGAUAUCACCUGAUGAUGUUGUCGUUUGCUUGUUACAUCAAAAGGGAGGCUAUAUGACGGUUUGCGCUAAAAUCCUCCUUACCCCCCUCUCCUUGUCCCUCGGUCGAACAUUCCAGACGUCCCCAUCAGUUGUGACGUUGACGUGUUGCCAAGCUGCGUUUAGAACAACAACGUUCCACUGAGAAGUCCCAUUCCACUGAUCAGAGUCGUGACGACUAGACGUACACGCACGAUGUGGGACUUUCUGAUUUCCGUAACAAGCUGCCUUUGCUGCUUUAAAACCCCGAACAAAGUGUCUCCGGCAGAGGAGGAACAUGUAGAGGAGGUAAGAGCGCCGGGAGAAGAGGAGAUGGACCGCGGGACCACCGAAUGCAAGCUGGUGACCACACAGCCCCCGAUGUCCCAGCCGAGGCCGAGCAAGUCUGAGUCGGACGUUCUGGCUGAACUGCGGCAAGAGGGAGUGUUGCCGAUCAAGGCCCGCGGGGACUCUGUCGCUUUCCAGGUGCUGGUCGUGCAGCCCGCCCCCGAGCCCGACGCGCCACCACGCCGCCCUGUCCGGCUGGAGAAACUGGAAGAGAACCUCCAGGAAAGGAGGAAAGCAGUGAAAAAGGCAACGGCGGGAUCACGCCAUAAACUGAGGCAAGAACUCAGCGAAGCCGCCAGUAGAAGACAGGCCAUGCUCGAGGAGAGGUCUCGCCGGCUGGCAGAGAGGGCCGCCAAGAUCAAGGCCAAAACAGCGGCCAACAAGAGCACCGGGACGGUGUUUGUUAUUUCUUCAGCCAGUGAUACCGAUGCCAUUGCUGCCCGGGACCCUGCAAAGGCGCAGGCGCUGGAGAGAAGGUUGGAUGAGCGGAGAGAGCGUGUGGCAAAACGUAAGACCACAGCGGCCGCCAUGGAGAAGCGCCAGGCGUUAGCAGCUGAACGAAGGAGGGAUAAAAUGGCCGAGACCGUAUUCAAGGCCCGUAUGUCGCGGAUGACGAAAGGUCUUGGUUGGGAGGAGGCUGAUCUGGCCAUGGAGGAGCCACUGGAGACGUACCAGGCCUCAGACGGGGAGGACGAGGGAGCGUGGUGAUUCAAUCACACCGUGAUAGUAGAGCACGACGCGAAC